ACAUGUUCAACAUCCCCAUUGUCACCAAUUGUUGUUAGCUCCGCCUCUGCUCCACACUUCACUCUCAUCUCUCACCUUUCUUCUCUCAGCCAAUCUUCACGCUUAAAUUCCUCAAACCCUCCACUUCGUUAUUCUCGCCCCCCCCCCCCACCAAGGCACCAACCCCUCCCCAUCUUCAAAUAAUUCCUAAACCUCUCUUUCUUCCUUCACACACACACACACACAAUGGCUUCUACAGCUUUGUCACAAUCUCUCUUCUCCACUCUCAGUUCUCAUAGAAACCUUGAGAAUGGCUCACUUCCUUUGAAAAGAUCAAUGCUCAAACAAUCACUUGUUGUCUCAAGAUCACAUUCCUUGAAAACCCAUUUCAAGAAUAGCUUCAUCACCAACUGUGCCUCUCCUGAAAAUGAUGCAACUUCCAAAUCUGAAACCCCAAUUGAAUUGAGGUACCCAGCAUUUCCUACUGUGAUGGAUAUCAAUCAGAUUCGUGAGAUUUUACCCCAUCGUUUUCCAUUUCUACUAGUGGAUAGAGUGAUUGAAUACAAUCCGGGAGUGUCAGCUGUGGCUAUAAAGAAUGUGACAAUUAACGAUAACUUUUUUCCUGGUCAUUUCCCUGAGAGACCAAUCAUGCCUGGUGUCCUCAUGGUUGAGGCAAUGGCACAAGUUGGCGGCAUAGUUAUGCUGCAACCUGAAGUGGGAGGCUCCCGGGAGAAUUUCUUUUUUGCUGGAGUAGACAAAGUGAGGUUCAGGAAGCCAGUGGUGGCUGGAGAUACUUUGGUAAUGAGAAUGACACUGAUCAAGCUGCAAAAACGUUUUGGAAUAGCGAAAAUGGAAGGCAAGGCAUAUGUAGGAGAGGAUGUGGUUUGUGAGGGUGAGUUCUUGAUGGCUAUGGGCAGUUAAUGCUCUGCUACUAUAUUAGUUGUUGGAAUUUCUGGCACUUUGAUUAGUUUUUCCAUCUCUUCCAUCCCCGAAUCUAAUAGAUUCCUUUUCAUAUGAGGCUUUUGGUGUCUUUUCUUUCCAAAUUAAACUAUAAAUUGUAUACAUUCAGUAUUGAAUGCCAGUUUUCUGUAUCUGAGUGUAGAAAAUACUAAUCAGAGUAGCCUCGGCCUUAUAUUCUCAUUUUAUGUUGUGUUGCGAGGAUUUCUACUACAAGAAAUAUCAAUUUUUUUAAUUUGUUGGGCUA